UAUCAACAUACUACUGCUUUCAAACUACUAUAGUACAUAAAUAUAUAACACUUUUUCAUACAUAAAUCAUUAGAUAAUUCCAAACCAUUUAAAAAUAUUUGCUUCUCCAUCAGUGAUUACGUUUACCUAUACUCCAUAUUAUUUAUUUUAGUUCCAUGUGAUAAAGUUAUAUAUUAUUCGAGGUUAUCGAAUAAACCUUCUCCAAUAAGAUAUAUCAUUCAUAUUAUUUUAUUAAAUCAAUAUAUAAACAAUACAUAAAUAAAUUUAAAUAAAAAUGUCAGUGGAUAAUUUUUUUUUAUAUCAAUACCAUGACAGUUAAAAAUCAAGGUAACUAAAGUUUACGUUACUUAAACUAUGCGUCUAUCAAGUUAUCAGAAUCGUAAUGGAUUUUAAUUUGAAAAUUCAUUAAAAGAUUACUGAUAAGAAAAUUUUUACAAGUGAUGACAACGCCAAGUUCAUUUCGGUUCACUUACAAAAUUAGGUUAGAAAGAUUCAUUUACAAAAUAAGUUGUUUUUUAUAAAAAAUAAUAAUUAUUUGAAUGGAAAAAAUGUAUAAAGUUCGUUUCAAUUCGGAUUACAUUCCAUUAAUUGACGAAGAUGCCCCGCGCUAUCGUAUAAUUAUCCCAUUUAAAAAACUUGCAUGGUUUACUGUCGCGUUACCAUUCUUUGGAUUUAUUUUCUGUGUUGUUUGGUCUAUUAUUUAUAACUUUGAAGCUGCAACAUCAACUCACUGUAAUGUAUUCAAUGUUUUGCCAUCGAUAUCGGCAGCUAUUGGCCAUUAUAAACCACAAAGCGAUGUUUGGAAAACCGCAAUUGCUAUUCAAGUUGUUAUUAGAGCUCUAAUACUUGUUAUGUAUUAUUAUUAUUAUCAACAAACUGUGUACAGAUGGGCACAAGGUGUUGUAAAUAUCGCAUUAUUCAGUUAUGCCGUGGAAAAUAUUUCGCUGGUUACGUUAAGUUUCUGGACUUCCAAUGAAAACUAUGCUUUUCAUAAAUUAUCUUUUAUCACAUUUUUACUUAUGUCUUUUGUACAUAUGAUAGUAGCCACUUAUAUAUGUAAAAAUUGUCGAAGUUCUGUUAGAGAUCCAUCAGAAUCAAAAUCAUGUGUCUUAAAAGUUCGUGCUCUGACAUUGAACGUCAUAUCAAUUUUAAGCGCUUGCUAUUUCUUUUGGAGACAUAAUCAAUAUUGCGAGCCUUUAGUUUACUCAAUGUUCGCUUUAUCAGAAUACAUGGUCGUUAUGACAAAUAUGAUGUUUCAUUUAACAGCAGCGUGGGAUUUUGCCGAACGAAGACUUUUAGUAUCAACGCGAGGUCUAAGAAUCGUUUAAAUAAAUAAAUAUAUAUUAUUUAUAAAUAUAUUGUACAUAUAAAAAUUCAUUUGGACAUCAAUUAAAAAAUUAUACAUUGAGGUAAAAGACCUAGUACCUGAUUAGGGAACUAGUACUCGAUCACUUCGUCUAUUUGUAUGUCUAUGUAUAGUAAAGUUUAAUAAAUAUAAAUAUACAAAUACAUGAGUAAUCGGGUACUAGUUUCCUGAUCGAGUACUGGGUCUCUUACCUUACUUGUAAAAAUGUUCAUAUUUUUUAAAUCCAUACUUCCGUUAUUGAAAUUGAAUUAAAAUUUACAAAUGAAGAAUUUAUUUAUUUAUUAU